GGCGGCGCAGAUCGAGCGCCGCGGAGCCGCCGGGAAGGUCGCGGGAAUUCCCCCCGUCCCCGCCGGGAUGAGCCAGCGCCACAGCCAGCGCCGCGGGCCCCGGGCCGACAUGGUGCCCGAGAUCGCCGCCGCCGUGGGCUUCGUGUCCGGCCUGCUGCGGACGCGGGGCUGCGUCAGCGAGCAGCAGCUGCAGGUGUUCAGCGGGGCGCUGCGGGAGGCGCUCACAGAGCACUACAGACACCACUGGUUCCCCGAAAAACCCUCCAAAGGCUCCGGCUACCGCUGCAUCCGCAUCAACCACAGGAUGGACCCCAUCAUCAGCAAGGCAGCGGGGCAGAUCGGACUGAGCCUCUCCCAGUUGUACCAGUUGCUCCCCAGUGAGCUCACGCUGUGGGUGGACCCCUUCGAGGUCUCGUACCGCAUCGGUGACGACGGCUCCAUCUGCGUCCUCUACGAGGCCACCAAACCCCGCCACGGCUCCUUCGGAGGGAUGCUCACCUGCAAGAACCAGAUGAUGCUGGGUCGUGCCAGCCCUUCCAAAAAUUACAUCAUGACUGUCUCCAGUUAAAAAAAAAAACCACAAAAAACCACCCCACACACACAAAAAUCCCGCCCCAAAAAAACACGACAAAAACGUAAAAAAAAAAAAAGGAAGAAAAAUCUCCUCUUUGUCCUUACACUGCCAAGACACAGGCUACUGUAAUACCUCGAGAUGAGGAUCUAUUUUUAAGAUGAAGAGCUAUUUAUAUUUUUUAAAAAAAAGAGAUAAAGAGAGAAAAAAAAACCUUCAGAAAAUCCAAAAUUAAAAUGUCGGGCGCUGCUCUUGAGCCGAGGCGGCGCCCCCGGUGCCUUUUCUAAAGCUGUGCAAGCUUGUGAGUUUUUUGGGUUUUUUAUAUUAUUAUUAUUGUUAUUAUUGUGAAGCUGAGAUCUACCUAAUUUAGCGUUGGAUGGCGAUUUCGGGGCUGGCUUUGGAGCUCCUCCUGGAAUGGGGGACGAGGGGACGAAGCCAGGCUGGGAUGUGUCACCUUGUCACCUUUGUCACCGUCCUGCUGCUGUGUCCCCAGGGCUGGAGGUGCUGCUGUGACCUCUCUGAGCCUGGAUUCGGUGUCACCUCGGUGCUGGGUGGCCCUGGGGACAUUGGGAUCCUGCUCCUCUCCCACGGUGUCCCCAACCCCUCCUCAUCACCUGGGACAAGGUGGCCGCCCUGGGAGCGUCCCCAAGGUGACUCGUGGUGGCACUGAGGGGACACACGCGGAGCAGGGCGCUCCAGAGCUGGGAAUUCCAAAGUUUUUCUGCUCCCGGGGGUCUCAGCCCUGCCCUGGUGGCCUCUCUGUGUCCCCACCCCUCGCUGCCACCUCCUCUCCGUGUCCCUUCUCCGAGGAGCCGAAGCCACCCCUUGUCCUGCAGAGGUUGGGGUGUGACACCCCCUUUUUGCUCUCUCAGGUUUUGGGGGGCUCUCUGGGGGUUGUUGAGAUGUUUUUGGGGUCCUGAGGUUGAUUUUUAAAGCCUCCCCUUGGAAAUGGAGUUUGGGUCCCACCUCUUUGUACAAAACCUUUUUGCACAAUUCCAAAUUCCUGCUCUGCCCCUUUCCCUUUGCUCUCCCACCCUUCAGGGAGGCUCUACCCUGGUGGGUUUUUUGGGAUUUGGCCUCUAAACCCCAAAAUUAUUGGCAGCUAAAAGCCCUGAACUCCAUCUGGCAGCUGGGAAGGAGAAUUUCCUGGGAUAUCCCACAUCCACUGAAUUUUUCCCAAUUUUGGGACCAGCCUGGGCCGUGGAUGUGCUCGGUUGUAGCAAAACUUCCUGGAUUUUUCUCUCAGCUGAACUUUCCCCUUUUCCUGACCAAACCCGGAGCUGUUCUCGCCCAGCCUGUGAUGAUUCAAGUUCUCAGACGUUUGUGCAAUAAAUAAAUAAAUUUCCAAAUCCUGGGCACGCUGGGAGAGGAAGGCAGCUCCUGUCUGGUUCUUUAAUACAUCAAAUAAUCCAGCCUUGACUUCUAAAAUUCAGAUUUAUUUAUUAUUUUUUUUCUGCUAGCUCCAAACCAUCAAACUGGAAAAUCAGCCUCGAUUCUCAAGAUGCUCAAAUAUUUUUUUUCAUUAUUUUUUUUGAAGUGUCAGGCCGUUCUUUGUGCUUGAGGAGAUCAGAGCAGAGCCUGGAGUUGCAUCAUUUCCCCUCCCCACUCGAAUUUCUCACGUCAGCAAAGCACAAAGGAAGCACUGGGGGAGCUUUUGUGCAAUAGGUGCCCUCACCCACAGGGGAGUGCCUGCUCCAAAAAAAAAAAAAAUCAAAUUCCCUUUUCCAGGAAAAGCAAUCUCAGCGCUUUUAAUUUUAUUUUUUUUUUAAUUCCUCACUUUACCCUGCCUGAUGUGAAGAACUGCCCCAGGAGGAACUUUGGGCAGGAUCAAAGCAGCCUCGAGGUUUAUUUUGAUUUAUUUUGAUUUAUUUUGAUUUAUUCCCUCCCUCUCCCCAGAGGAGUUUUCCAAAGGAACACCCAGAACCGAACCAGCCUCGUUCCCCUCUCCCUGAGAGGGAGCAGCCUCACACCCAAGGUGUCUUUAUUUCAUUUUUAAGCUUCAAAACCAACCAAAUCCGGGUAGAAUCCGCUUCUCCCUCGUAGCUGGUGACACAAAAAGCUGUGAAUUCUGUGCUCUCGUUGCCUUUCUGCCUCCGAGCCUCUUGUGAUGUGGAUUUUGAGACAGCGUCUUCGAGGGGGUUCCUGUCAUUAUUAUUAUUAUUAUUUUAUUCUAAUUUUUGGGUUUUUUUGAACCAAGCUGGACUGUUGAACGGGACCUGCUUUUUUGUCAUUGUUGUUGGUUUUUGUCCUUUUUUUUUGGUGAAAUUGGUGGGAAUCCCGUGAGGAAUGGGAGGAGGUUCCUGAUGUACAGCAGUGUUUUAUACCCGCCAUGUACAGACCCCCCCUUUGCUUUUAUUUUAUUUUGUUACUUUAAUAAAAACUUAGCAUUGGAA